AUGCGUCCAGGAAAGCAAACGCUUCUCACAGUCGUGCUCCCUUCUAUUGUCCUGAUCCCAGCCAUAGCCCUCAUCCUCAACCGCCUCAUGUCCGCCACCACAGCACCUUCCUCGACACGGAGUGCUAUUGUCGUCGGUUCUGGCCUCGCUGGCCUCUCGGCCGCGUCGCAACUCAUCGCCCACAAUGUCCCCGUCCAUCUGCUCGAACGAGCUGCGAAACCAGGAGGCAAUUCCAUCAAAGCAUCUUCCGGCAUAAACGGUGCCCCAACGCGCUUCCAAACCACACAAGAUUCCCUGUUCUACGAAGAUACAGUCCGCUCGGCAGGCAACGCCUUCAAAGAUAGCAAGAUGCGCGAAUGCCGACAAAAGCUUGUUACGACGCUUACCAACACCUCCGAGAGCGCCGUCUAUUGGUUGAAUGACGAAAAGGGAGUCGAUCUCAGUCGCGUUGGACAGUUGGGCGGCCAUUCGUUGCCACGCACGCAUCGUGGGGCGGGAAAACUACCCCCGGGUGCAGCUAUCGUCACCACCCUGCUCAAAUCACUUCAGCAAAGCCCUUUGUUCCACCUGCAUACGGGAAGCUUGGUCACGAAGGUUUUGAAGUCUGCAGAAUCGGUCGAGGGUGUCGAGUAUUCCGAGGGCGAUGAAACCAAAACGUUGCACGGCGCUGUCGUAUUUGCGAGCGGUGGUUUCGCAGGCGACUCGAAGGGCAUGCUUGCCGAAUAUCGUCCAGAUCUGGCAGGUUUCCCGUCUACCAACGAGGCCAUUCCAGGAUCCCAAAAACUGCUGACGGCUGUUGGUGCCCAGCUUCUCGACAUGGAGCUCGUUCAGGUGCAUCCCACGGGCUUCGUCGACCCCAAGAAUGUCGGAGCUCUAGUCAAGUUUCUGGCAGCAGAGAUCCUGCGCGGAGAAGGCGGUCUGUUGUUGCUCAACGGCAAGCGCUUCGUCAAUGAGAUGGAGACACGGCAGCAUAUUACAGACGUCAUCCUCAGCACCCCACCCGUUGACACGAGCCCGCAGCAGUGGGACAUCCAGCUCGUACUUGACGAAGGCGCUUACAACGCCUUGUCAUCCCAUGUCGACUUCUACAUCUUUAAGGGUCUUAUGCGCAAAGCCACCGUUUCGGAGCUCGAUCCUUCCGGCGUCGCCCUGCCUUCCAUCCAAGAAUAUGCAAAGGCUGCAGCCGGACUCGCCUCCGACCCCUUCUCCAGGAAGACAUUUGGUAGCUGGGUGCUGAAGGAGGUCAAGCCCGACUCUAUUGUCUACGUCGGCAGGGUGACACCUGUUGUUCAUUUCACAAUGGGUGGUGUGCUGAUCAGUCAGGACGCGGAGGUGCUCGACGCGGAUGGUAAGCCUAUCAAAGGUUUAUGGGCUGCUGGAGAGAUUACGGGUGGGCUUCAUGGUGACAAUCGCCUGGGAGGUUCAUCUCUCCUUGAGUGUGCUGUGUUUGGAAGGAUUGCAGGUGACCAGGCUGCAGCUUUUGCUCGUAGCUAUCACUAG